AUGGACACCCAGCUUGAUUGGUUAAGCUCUGUGCGCCCGCAAGCCCAAUCUGGCCCGCAGGCGGGUCUAGCGCCGCCGCCAGUGUCGUUCGGCUCGGCUUCUAACACAGACUUGCAGAAAGUUCCGGAUUCGUACCAUUAUCUGUUUCCGAAUGCGCUGGCAGACAACAUCAGCCGAUCCAAUGGCAACAUUGACAGCAAUGCUGACGGAGAAAGCGUGCCGCUUUCGCUUACAGCUCAAGAUCUAACCCUUGAAGAAUCAAAAACAUACAUGCGGUGGUACCUGGAUAUUUUGGCCCGCACCAACCUGCGAACUAUCACUAUGAACGACGUGUACCAUUUCUUGAGCAACUUUCGCUUGCCUGCGGAAACGAAGGAAAAAAUCAACCGAAUUUUUAGCAAAAUCUUGGCGCUGAUCAAUAUCGGCGAGUUUUUCGCCUUGCUCCGUGUAGUGUCGCAUACACUCGAAGGCAAAGAGCCGACCCGUCUGCUUAUUCAACAGAAGGCACCUGUCCCCGUUCCGCCGUCUAUAUUGUCUAAGAAACGGCAAAACGAUGAACCCGAUGAACCUAAGCAGUCUGAAGAACCUACGCAGCCAACACAACCACUCGAUUUGGACCUGUUUACCCAGUUUAUGCUCACGGGAGAAAGACCCGAUGAACUGAACAAAAAACGCCUGAAGAAAAUGAAGAGCGUCAAGUUUUCGGAUCAGCUUGUCUCUGAUGUUCACGAUGUCCAUGACGAGCCCAUGUCUGACUCUUUGGACUACCUGCUUCCGAUGGACCAGCUCUUGGAACGCCUCAGCACAUCAAACAAAAGCUCCAACGGCAAUACCAAUACCAAUACCGCCAACAAUUACAGCAAUAAUCCCAACAACAACAGCAACAAUAACAGCAACAAUAACAAUAACCCCCUUCGUGGCGUGGCUUCGCCCGACCCAGAAGAGAGACAGAUUCUCAUGGAUAUGGCUUCAGAAAUCAAUCACUUCCGCAACCUUCAUUCUGUCGAUACCAUGCUGGUGGGAGGAGUUCCUGCCAAUAUUCAUCUUCAUGGCUCUUUUAGUCUGCCACGGCCGCUGCUGCCGCUUCAACCAAACAUGACUGGCCCGGCCCAGAUAGCACAAAUGGGUCGUCUCUCGCCUCUUCGGCCGAAUAUGACUGGGCCAGCAGACAUGGCCCGCUUAUUUGCGCCACCUCCCGACAAUAGAGAUAUUAUAACAACAGGGGAAACCUCGGAAACGCUUCGAAAUACAGAUGCUAAUGCUCGCAUAGGAAUCCCAGAAAGGCAAGAGAAACCUCGCCCACCUGUGCCUAAUCGCCGGGCACGCUCAUUCUCACUGCCUAACCCGAUCCCUCUGAACACAAGCACGCCAGAUCCACCACCUCGCGCGUUUGCUGAUGUUGUUGGCCUCAACCCAACUCUUGCCAUUGGUCGUUCUGCUUCAGUGUCACCAGCACCACCGCUUCCUCCAAAAGUCCUGAUUCGGGCACCACCACCCCCACCCUCUCGUCGUCGUGGUAGCUCGUUGGCGUCACCACCUCCUCAAGCUCCUAGUAUAGACCUGGUGAUGCGUGCUCCAGUAUAUGAACACAGCGAUGCUAGUUCAAGCACGUCUAACAUCUUAGAUGACCUUAAAGCACUUCAAGAAGAAGUAGACAAAAUACGCGAUAUGACUGGCGGAUUUUAA